AUGAGAGUUUAUUCAGAUAUCAAUCGUAAGAGCAUUUGGACACCAGUGCCAUCAUUAUCACCACUUUCACAACCAUCAGAUGCAUCAACUACUCAAUUACGAUCACCAUCACUGUCACCUCAAACAGUUGAAUCACAUCCAGUGUUACCAUCAUCAUCAAUGGAGAACAUGGAACAACAAACGAUGUCAACAAGAAAAACAGAUAUUUGA